CCUCCGUCCCUGCGUGAAGCUGGGUCCUCCUCCUGGGGACACUUGGGUCCGGGGCCUCCGUCCUGGCGUCCCCUUCCCCCGCCCCCCCGUGGGACUGGGCGCCCUCGAAACUCCUCGGACAGCGUCGCCGGCCCCAGCCCGGGCGGAGGUAACCGCAGCCGAGUUCCGUCCCGGCGCCUCCCCAGUGCUCUUGCUAAGGGGGUGGGCGCGAGGUCUCUCCUGCCGGAUGGGAUGCGGGGGCCUCUGCCGCGGGCGCCUCCCCCGAGCUGGCGCUUAGGGGCGGCCCCGACCUCCCGCCGCUUCAAAUUCACCCAGUUGGCCGCCGACCUACUCUGGUGUCUUUCCCAGAGUUUGGGGGCUUUUCUCCGGUCGUGGGGGCGGCGGGGGUGGGGGACACCUGUUCUUUCGGACUUCUUGUCCGGAACAUUGCCACCUCUGCCUUCCGUCUUAGCUGCGAGAGUUUAAAAAACCAGGCUGCUGAGAACUAGCCCUAGACCUCUGCGUGAGGGUUCUUCUGCCGAAGACAUCACCAGUGUGUGGAGCCUGCCCCACACCCACCCGCUGCCAAACCACGGCCUUUACCUGUGUCUUCCGCUGUUUCCCGUGCGACCCGUCCUGUGGGAGUGCCUCGUGGGCCGCCCCAGAGUUCACCCCACGCUCAGCAGCGCCAAUGGUGAAGAUGACAAGAUCGAAGACUUUCCAGGCAUAUCUGCCCUCCUGCCACCGGACCUACAGCUGCAUUCACUGCAGAGCUCACUUGGCCAAUCAUGAUGAACUAAUAUCCAAGUCGUUCCAAGGAAGUCAAGGACGAGCAUACCUCUUUAACUCAGUCGUUAAUGUGGGCUGUGGGCCUGCAGAAGAGCGAGUGUUGCUAACAGGACUGCACGCAGUCGCAGACAUUUACUGUGAAAACUGCAAAACCACUCUGGGCUGGAAAUAUGAACAUGCUUUUGAAAGCAGCCAGAAAUAUAAAGAAGGCAAAUACAUCAUUGAACUAGCACACAUGAUCAAGGACAAUGGCUGGGACUGAUUGGACAACAUCUACCCAACCCAGUGUCCACGUGAACGCCAUUCAACCGAACCUUCUUCCCAAGCGUGAGAGAGUGACUGACACUUGGUUCCAUCCAUUUAGGGGCCUUGCCAUCCGGGGCAUCCUCCCACCCUGACGCCAUCUUUCUGGUGACCGGCCUCUAAAUCGCUGUCUCUCUGUCUCUUUGCUUUGUAUCUGUUUGUGAGUUGAUCCUGGCUUCUCCCUCUGUUCUAGUUUUGGCUGAAAACAAAACAACAAAAGGAACAGAUCCUUGACCGCAUGGCGGCAGCCCACCUUGGUGAGGGCCUCAGGGCCCAUGCGAGAGCUGCCUGAUGGCUUCUUGUCAGGAGAGCAGUGACACGGGGGCGUGAGGAAGAGGGAAAGGGGAAACUCUAAGGGUCCUGGCGUGGGGAAGGGGUGGAAGGGUGGAGGUAGGAACAAAAUCCUGCUGCUCCUGGAGACCUAAUAACUUAGGCUUGAAAUAAUUGACUUGUCUAAAAGGACAAAGAGGAAAAAAAAAUACCUCAUGACUGCAUUCUCUCUGACCAGAAGCUUCUGUUCCUGACACCAAAUGUGCCAGGCUAGGAAAUGAGCACAAGAUGUGGCCCUGAUUCCAGUUGGCGGGGCAAGGGCCUGGCUCCCCUGGGCUGAGUGGGGGUGUGUCCCAGCAGCGGCGAGUGACUUGGGCAAUGGCCAGGUGGGUGCGACGACUCUCAUGCCUCACUCAGUCUCUGGGCGGUCAUUGUCUUUGUCACUUUAGCCACCAGAGGUAAGGUGUGAGGGGACUGCCAUUUGCAAGGGGCUUAACAUCCAAAUAUCCCAAAGGCUUUGACCAGCAACUGAGUAAAGUGAGUAAUUGAGGAGAGCAGGGCACAAAGUGGGCUGCGGCUUGGGAGCGCCUGAAGAAAUGGCUCAGGUAUUGGGCCAGAGAAAUAAAAAUUAGGAUCAGUUAGCAAUUCUGACUGCCUUUCCUUCUGACCCCUCAUAAGAGGAGUGUGGUGCGUGCGGGAGGGAACUGGGUAGGAGUAAUCCCAGGAAGGAUUUAGGUUUGAACCAAUUCAGGCUCUGUGCAUCUUUCCUCUUCGGCUUUACAGUGGCUUCCGUGGGGUCGCCAGUUUCUUGUUGAUAGAGUUUCAGGUGUUUUUCUGCAGUCCUGUUACUGUAGACUGUAGGAAGCAUGGGCCCAAGGCUGUGAGCUUAGUGAUAACCUGCCCGGUAGAUUCCUCAUGCCCCUAAUUGCCCUACGUAGGCUAGAAUGUCUUGCAUGGAGAGAAAUCUGUCAGUGUGGUCCAGCAGCAGGGAGGAGUUCUGAAUUCUAAUAGCACCCGCUCCCCGCAUCCAAACAUCCUUCCAUUAGGGAAGUGGAGAGAACACAUCCCGGUAAGGCCCAUAAGAGAAAGAGGAGUUUGUUACAUUUAAUCAACACUGUGAAGUCUGUUCUGCAGCAGUUCAGCCAGUACACAGUAUAUGACUGAAACUCACUUAACUGAAUUUCAUUUCUUAGACCGAAAAUAUUACUGUUAAGAUACGUGCGCAUGUUAGGUAAUUCUCAGCGUCUCCUUCUCCAAGUAGGCUGACCCUCUCGGAAAAUUCACUCUGAAAGUCUCACAAAAGAAUGAGUUCAUAGGGAGAAUCUGUAAGUUGAUGAACUGAGGUUAAAGCAGCCAACAGCCCAGGAGCUUUUCAGAAUCGCAUCUGCAGCAGAACUAGCUUCCAUUUGGAGCGCAUCCUUGGUGGAAAUGCUUUUUUGUGUGUCUCCACGCGCUGAUGGUGGAAUGGGAGACCCAAGAUAGGUGUGGGCUUGCCCUGCCAGGGGCAGAUGGCAGGACUGACAGAAAGCAGGAUAGCGCCAGGAUUCUUGGGAGAGCCCCUGUAAGACAAAUGGAUUCUUAGAAAUCCAGUUUUGCUUCCCAAGGCUCUUUUCCGGAUCUUUCCAGUACUUUUGUAGCCUGGGAGAUCAAGUUGUUCUCCCCACUUUACUGCAAGGUAGACUGAGGUUCAGAAGAAGUACUUAAUUUCUGUUCCCAGAAGACCAGUUUCUCUGGCUCAGAGGCCCAAGUUCUCAAUGAAAUCAUUUUUCAACUUUCACAUUCCUAAGCUGGCUUCCCGGCACAGAAGCCAUGGAUUUCCCCUCCUCUCUCCCUUCGCUUCCUCAAGGAAAUGGUCUUUCUUCCUUUGUGGAGUUUCAUUAGACCCUUUGCUCAGGGAUUGUCCUGAUAGUGCUUUCCAUAAGAAGAAAAUGGGGGUUAAACAUGGGCAGGUGUUUUUGUCUUUCAAACAAAAAAUGGAAUGUGGUGACAUAAACUGGACAUAGGGUGCCCUCGAAUUUCCAAGGGGCAGAGAAGACCAAUGUGCCACUGUUCUUCCUUGGGGAUGAGGCCUUUGACUGUUGCAUGGAUCAGAGCAGGCUCCAGUCAGACCCUGGUUCUGUUUUUUUCUGUUUUUGUUUUUGUUUUUUUUUUCAAUGACUAUCCAUUGAGCCUCCAGUGGGUGCAAGGCACCAUACUUCCUGUGAGAGAUCUGAGUGUUGGUUUUUCCAUAACUACAGGGGAAAAUAAAACUCAUUAGGCUUUCCCUUUGUGUCAAUGAAACCAAAAGUGCUUCUUACAACAUUAGCUCCGUUCAUGGCUUGUCUAUCUAACAUUUAGCAGCGUUGGAGAGGCCAGAGCUGAGCUAUGGAGAUGCUAAAUUAACUCAUGGCCUCGGUCAGUUCAUUCUUUAAUUUCCUCACCAAAUUAUUGACUUAGAGCAUAACCAAAGACCUCAUUCAUUCACCCCAGGUGGGUUGGGGGAAUUGGAGUUGGUAAAGCUUGGGUGUGGGGUGUGGGGUGUGGAGAGUAGAGACAGGGUAAGCAGAUGUGAGAAAGGAAAAGGCAUGAAGUUCUAUACCUCAGCCAGCAGCUGCCUUCGUUUUGAACUGAAGUCCAGCUGGCAGACUAGCUCCAUCUCCCCUGUGCCACCCUAGGUCAUAUGACCUUGGCUACCCUGGAGUAGACCCAGACCCUUGGGACCCGGGACAUUAGUCUCAGGCUGCCGAUGGGUUGAUUUGACAUUAAUCAAAUACAGCCAAACUUGAUACCCAGAAGUUGUCAGCUGGACCUGACUGAGUUUUUCCUGAGUUCAUGAGGAUAGGCUAGAGUGCAUUUUUACUGGUGGAUCAGUGUGUGCAAAAGAGGUGACCCCUUUAUAAAGAGAUUUUCAAAUGGAUAUAUAUAAAAGAAACAGUUGCUUGUAAAAUAUACUUUUGUAAAUAAUAUUUAAUUUUUUAAAUAAUAUAUUUGGUGCUGUUUUCUCAGAUCCCCUGAGAGCACUUUUUAUUUCAUUUUAAAUUCUAUGGUUUCUUUUGCAUUUCUUGAAGUAUAUUUUAAGGGAAACAGUGAUCACCAAUACACGUUUGGGUUUUUUUUUAAGGUCUCUAUCACUUUCAUCUGGAUCAAGGCUUUAAAGCAAUGCCUCUGCAUUUUUUCCGCAGUGGAACAGACUCUGCAGUACAUUAACCAGGUUGAAAAUGGAAAUAUUUUCUUGCACUAGUAUUGGCUAGAAAAGAAAAUAAAUGAAACCAAGUUAAUUUAGUAGUAACAACUUACAGUGAUUCUUCCUGUUGGAAGAAUUUUUCAACAAAUCGGAAUCAUGUUUUUAAUUGUGCGUGUGUGUGCGCGCGUGCGUGUAUAAAAAGCACUUUCGAUUUUUAUUGAAAAUCUUUUGCCUCCUGUUUUCUUCUGGAGUGGGGACACUAUAACUACAGUUUACACCUCGGGUGCAUAAAGUUUUUCUUCUCUUUCUCUCUGGUUGUUUCUGUUUCCGAGUGGACCAACAGCAGAACCCACAAGGACUUUUCGUUUUCCUGAGCAUGGAGCUGUUGCAGGUUUGCUCCUUUUUCUUGCUUUGUGUGCUCAGCUUUUACAGACUGGAAAGGAAAUCUGUUGCUUGUGAAGAUGGAGCAGAGUCAAAUCUGUGCUUCUGAGACGAGAGUGUAUUAAUCACAUAUCGCCGGGCUCCAGCUGUUACAGAAGCCACAUCAUGUUAAACAUUAACUGGUUUGGGUUAAAAGAACAUUAAUAAAACAAUACACAUAUCUUAGUGGUAAACAGCUUUUUUUUUAAAAAAGGUCAAAUUGCCUCAGGUUCAGUAAGAGGCUGAGAAAUCAAAUCUUGAACACAAUCAACUUAAUAUUUUAAAGGAAUCUGCCUCAAAUGAGAAAACAUGCUAGUUGUCUAGAUAGAGGAAAGAGAUAUUUAAUUUUUUUAAAUUAAAAUAGUUAUGAAAUCUACUGGCAGUAAAAGGUAAAGCCAAGAAGAAACUAUGAAAGCUAUUCUCAUGUUACCAAAUUCUGUCUGCCCAUAUGUUUUCGUAUAACAUUUCGGUGAAAGUGGGAGUUGGUUCCCUUUUCCCAACCUGCAGAGACUAUCUUUCAAUACAGAAUCUGUCUGUUUAUGCUUGUGUUUACAAACUGUAUUCAUUGGGUUUGGGUUUUCAUUUUCUUUGGUGGCAUUUUUCAGGUCACGUUGCUUCUAUAACAAAGGUAAUUGUUUUCAAAUACUUUGUCUUCACCUUUUCCUGUGUUUGUACAUAGUGAUUCAGUAUUAGAGAAAAGUGCAUUGUUUCCGUCAUAUUUCCAAUCUGUGUUGGUGCUCAUUUGAGAAAAUAAAAGUUUUCAAAUAUUAA